CGAUCCAAAUAAAUUAAGCUACGAUUAACAUCCUCCAUAGAUAAUUCGCUUUAUAUCUGUGUUUUUUGUUUUUAUAUCUAUUAGUAUUUAGAUUUCGGAUGCCAUAGUAUUUACAGAUGAUCUUCAGCUUUAUCACUUUUUAAUGCCGGAGUUCGGAGAUCAAAUGGUAAAGGAUUUUGCAAGCCCCCCACAUUGAAUAAUAAUAAUAAGGUUCCAUUUAACGUUAAUUUCAAUGGCUUGCUCUUUCAUCACGGGAGAAUUGGUAGCUCAUAAUCGCCUACCUUUCUCAUCUAUGAAAUUCAACAUGGAUUCAAACUCAGGAAAUAAAUACAAGCGCAAGCAUCUUCUGAUAGUGUCGGAAAAAAAUUCUGUAAGAGAAAAAGUUUUGUUGGUGAAAAGAGCUAGAGAGAGGAGGGAAGGAGAUACUCCAAACCAGACACAGAAACGUCUCCCUUUAAAGCCUGGAAAAGUGCAACCUUGCUUGCCUGUACCUGAUCAUAUUUUAAAGCCGCCAUAUGUAAACUCCAAAUCUCUGCCUGCGCUUGGACAGGAGCCUCAAAUACAUGAUGCUAAAGGAAUAGAAUGCAUGAGAGCAUCAUGCCGGCUUGCAGCACAAGUUUUAGAGUAUGCUGGGACUUUGGUCAGGCCAUCAGUGACAACAGAUGAAAUUGACAAAGCUGUGCACAAGAUGAUCAUUGAAGCUGGGGCAUAUCCCUCACCACUUGGUUAUGGCGGGUUUCCGAAAAGUGUGUGCACAUCAGUUAAUGAAUGUCUCUGUCAUGGGAUACCAGAUUCUCGUCCAUUGCAGGAUGGUGAUAUCAUUAACAUCGAUGUAACUGUUUAUCUGAAUGGUUACCAUGGAGAUACUUCAAAGACAUUCUUAUGUGGAAAUGUUGAUCAUGCAGCCAAGAGACUGGUCAAGAUUACUGAAGAGUGCAUGUAUAAGGCAAUAUCAGUUUGCAAAGCGGGAGAAAGCUUCAAUCGAAUUGGUAGUAAAAUUAAUCGACAUGCAGAUAAAUUCGGUUACACUGUCGACAGAAGGUUUGUUGGUCAUGGUGUGGGCAAGAUCUUUCAUUCAGAACCAGUUAUUUUUCAUUAUCGUAAUAACAAGCCAGGCUAUAUGGUGGCAGGUCAGACUUUUACAAUAGAACCAAUACUUGCAUCAGGAAGAACUGAUUGCAUAGUUUGGAAUGAUAAUUGGACUACACUUACAGCUGAUGGCAGUUUGGCUGCUCAGUUUGAGCAUACCUUACUGAUCACAGAGAGAGGAGCAGAGAUUUUGACACAAUGUUGAAGAUCAUUACCCUAUACUCUACCUUGACAAAUCUUUAUUUCCUCAAAAAAAUUUGGUGGCUAUCCACUGUGCAAGGUUUAUUUAUGUAAUAUAACCAUUCAGCUAUCAAUAAUAUUCGUGUCCUUCCGCAUUUUGUCAAGAGAUGUGCCAUUAUAAACUUUUGAUGAUUUGAUAUAAUAAUAAUAAUAUUCAGUCUUACAUUUAAAGUUUAUAUGUUCACGUUCAAAGUUAAUCCCCCAUUUCCCUAGGAGUGAAGCACUUUCCUUGCCUACAAGCAGCCACAUGUACACAUGAUCCCUGCACAUUUGUGUGGCAUUGGAAAUCCUAAUCUAUGUGCUAUUUUAUUGAUUUCUUUAUUGUUGUGAUUAUUCGGUAAAAGAAAGAUAAGAUCUUUACCCUUCUCAAAGAAAAUUCUAGACAUUUGAGAGCACAAUGUAGCUCUUUGAUAAACUUUAUCUCAUAAUUUGAAAGAUUGCAAGGUUCUAUGUUAA